AUGUUUUGGGGGAGGAUAGCAGCCACCUUUCAGCUGUGGUUCUGGAUGGUGAGAAUGGGCCCUGCUCACGCGUCUGCACAAAGAGCUUUAUGUUGGGAUGGACGUCCCUGGGCCACCGGUAACUUCAGCUGUGUGGAUCCUGAGCCUUAUCUGUUAACUGGCGUUGGAAACAACAUUAUCAAAAUGAACUUGGAUGGCAAAGACCAAAGAAGAAUCGUGUCUGGUGUGGGAAGGUCCAUCUUUCUGGACUUCCACUUAGGUGAGGGGACAGUGUUCUGGGCCGACACACAUGCAGGACUAAUAAACAGAGCAGGUCUGGAUGGGACAAACAGACAGAAGCUUCUCUCAUCAGUAAAAGGAAUCACAGGGCUGGCUGUGGACUGGAUUGAAAACUCAGUGCUCUGGAGCGAUGCGGAAAACGGAACGAUAUGGAGAGUGGACACAGAUGGAAGAAACAAAAAGACUGUCCUGCAAGACCUGUCUCAGCCAAGCAGUGUUGUUGUUGAUCCAAAUGAGAGAUAUAUUUUCUGGUUAUCAGAUGGACCCACUCCCAGUAUCCAGCGUUCAGACACCACAGGUGGUCAAAGGACAACAUUGCUAAAAAUUGCAGACAAACUAAAGGUUUUUACCAUUGACCACAGGGACAGAAGACUGUUUUGGGUUGAACAAGGCAUAAGACGUCACACUGCACUUGGGUCCUGCAAUUAUGAUGGGAACAUCAUCAACGUCUUCAAUCAACCCUUAAGAUCACAGUCUCUAAGGAUUACAGUUUUCCUGGAUUACGUGUAUUUAACAGACUCAAAGUCAAAAAGCAUAAAACGAGUAAACAAGUACAUAGGGGGCCCAGGGGAGAAUGUCAAUUCCAAACGGAUGCCACACCCCCCUGCUGAUGUCAAAGUGGUACAUCCCAUCAAUCAGCCGGUGGUGGAGAGUCCUGCAUCUUUCACUUCAGGUUGUAAUCCACAGACAGAAGAGUGUUUAAAGGUCUGUUCCCAUCACAGUGACACGGGUGUUUGCCGAUGCAAGGUCGGUUUUUCUCUCAGUAAAGAAGGAAACUACUGUGAAGAUAUAAAUGAAUGUGCCCUGUGGAAUCACGGCUGCUCACUGGGGUGUGAGAACGUUCCGGGCUCUUACAUUUGCACCUGUCCUAAAGGUUACCUGCUCUUGCCUGAUAUGAAAACCUGUCUUGAAGCUAAACCAUGUGUGGAGAAUAAGACCAUCUGUGAUCAUGCAUGCGUCCAUACAGCAGAAGGAGAUGUGUGCUUGUGUCCAGAGGGAUCAAUACUAAAGGCAGAUGGACGUUCAUGCACAGGCUGUUUGUCAGCUGAUCGUGGAGGUUGCAGUCAUAUUUGUGUGACAUUAUUCCCGGGCAGGUGGGCAUGUGAGUGCCUACCUGGAUACCAACUACAGCCUGAUGGAAAACACUGUGCUGCCACAGGGCCUCCACCAUACCUGUUAUUUGCCAAUGUUGUGGAUAUAAGAAAGAUGAACAUAGAUGGCACACAGAGCAAGAAACUCCUGGAGGAGGCAAGAGGCACUAUUCUAGCUGUUGACUAUGAUCCAGUGGAAAACAAGGUGUAUUUUGCAGAUAAAGGGCUGAAACAUAUUGAGAGGGCUUCAAUGGAUGGAGGUUUGAGGGAGAUGCUGUUCUCCACUGGAUUAGAUUCACCUGAGGGACUGGCUGUAGACUGGAUCAAUCGUAAACUGUACUGGACGGAUAAAGGAUUAUCUUCUAUUUCCCGCAGUAGUUUAAAUGGGCUUGAUAGAGAAAUCUUUUUAGAUAAAGGAAUCCAGAAACCCAGAGGCAUUGCAGUACAUCCUCAAGCACAGAAGGUGUACUGGACAGAUAUGGGAAAUCAUCCAGUGGUGGAACGUUCAGGUUUGAACAGAGAGAUGCGUGAGGUUGUCGUCAGCGCUGGACUGGUGUCUCCUAGUGGACUGUCUGUGGACCACGGCUCUCAGCGUCUGUUUUGGUGUGACCUGAGCAGUGGUCUGAUUGAGUCGGCCAACCUGGACGGUUCUGAUCGCCAUGUACUAAGCGAGAACCAAGUAGGUCAUCCUUUUGCUCUUGCGGUGUUUGAGAACAUGCUCUGGGUCAGUGAUCAGGAGAAUCACCUUCUUUACCGGCUGGACAUGAGAACUGGACAAAGCGCUGAGCGUCUGCAGGUCAAGUCAAUUCAACCGGCUGCUCUAGCUGUUGUCCAUCCUCUCACCAAACCAGGUGUGGUUUAUUAUUAACAAGAUGGUACCGCUGAUGACAAAAAACUCACAUGUAUUGUUGGUUCAAAUAAUGUGACUUUCAACAAACUGAGAAGUUCAAAAGUUCUUCAAUCAAAAUGAAAUUUCUUUCAUGAGUCGGGUGACAAUGCAUUAAGUCUGAACAAUAAAACACUGAAUGAUGAGAGCACACCGCUUGCCAUAUCAGACAUCCAUUCUGAAGGAGACCCGCCAGUGCUCAUGACUGAAAAGAUGGUGUCAGACCAGGAUGAUUGCUAUUCUCUUAACUGCGGUGUGAAUGCUCAGUGCACGCUGGAGGGAGGCAGAGCCAUGUGUCAGUGUGUGAGAGGCUUCACUGCAGAUGGGCGGCUGUGUGUGGAUAUUGAUGAAUGCACAGAAGGCCUGGCGGAGUGUAGCAGCUCUCAUUCUCACUGUGUGAACACAGCAGGUGGAUAUUUCUGCCAGUGCAAAACUGGAUUUAGCAGAGAUGGUCAAAUCUGUAUUGAUAUAGAUGAGUGUCGAUUGGAUAUGCAUGACUGUGAUGUUAACGCCGAGUGCUUGAAUACAGUUGGAAAAUAUCAAUGUAAAUGUCGGUCCGGCUACACGGGCAAUGGAUUCAGCUGUCAGGAGGAGUUUAAGGGCGCCUCCUCCUGGCUGAGUACAGGUAGUCCGAUUGAUGUGACAUCACCAUGGCAACGCAACAACUCUGUGAAGAGCUGUCCUUCCACACAUGACUCCUACUGUCUGUAUGAAGGGGUCUGCUUCUAUUUCCCCGAGAUGGAGUCUUAUGCCUGCAAUUGUGUAUCAGGGUACUUGGGGGAACGCUGUCAGUUCAGUGAUCUGGAGUGGUGGGAACUGCAGCAGGCCGAACAAGAGAAGAAGAGAAACGUGGCUAUAGCCGUGUGUAUUGUGCUGCUUGUUACUCUGCUCUCCAUUGCUGCCUGCGUCACAUACUGCUAUGGGUUUAAACAACAUUUUGGAGCGUGUCUCUCUGAUGAUGAUGUGGGUGACAUGAGCAUUAGUGAGGACAGCAUGACUGAGACAACAACAACCGCCCCACAGAUCUAUGUAGUUGUGGACACUAGACCCUGUGGUGAUGAAAGGGUUAUUCAUGUUGUGGGGUGUCCAAGAAGAACAGUAUGCCACUCUUGUUCCUCAAUAGCAGGAGCAAGUAUUGCUUCAGUUGAGUCUGGAACACUUCAGAAAAACAAACAUGACCUGGACGCUGCCAACUGCUCUGUGUCCUGCAACACAGACACGCUGUUGCUUACAAUGGAGACCACUGAUAACUUAAUAUCUCUAGAAGACUCUCUGUCAACACCCCACUGAUUCACCCGAAAGCCUUGUUCAGAGGCUGGUCCGUGAACUGCUAAUGUGAAUAUGUUAAAUGUAAAAUUCAAUGUCAUUGUGUAGAUGAAAUACAUUCAAAAUGAGGUUACAAGAAACAAGCUUACAGGUUCGUAGCACCAGUGAUUUGUCAGCAGAUUUAAUUAAAAAAAACGGUCACUCCUAUUCAUCUAAAAACCAGUGCACACCUUACAAAUGCUUUAAUGCAAUUCAACAGGAGCUUUAGAAUGUAUUGAGAUCAUUUAAUCUGACAAGGUCAUCUGAAGAGUGCUAGAGAUUCAACUGUAGUGAAGGUUGCUGUUUGUUCUACUCUUCGAGUCAUAAGACAUGCUAGACGUAGUAUAAAACUAUAGUAUAACACUCCUUGUGUUGAGUAUUUUCUGUAUAUAGUAAAUGAAAUGCAUAGAGCAUAUUUUGCAGGAUUAUAUUGAAUUUAAACCUAAAUACAACAUGAUGGAGUUGUAAUUUUGUAGUAGUUUAACAAUUUUUGGUUUGAGCAUGCAUGGAGGGAAAAAUCCAGCGUAAUGAUCAAAAAACAUGUUUCUGACCUUUUUGUUUGAUUUAGCUAUAACAGACUCAGGAUGAAUCUAAUUGUUUUUAUUGUCUAAUUGUUUUAUUGCCCGGAUUAUAUAUAUUUAUCAGCAAUUAAAUUAGACCUUAAUCAUACAUCACAGCUCCUAUGAUAUUCAAAUUCAUGGGGAAAUAGUAAUGUUUUUGCAGCAAGCCUAUAUAUAUAUAUAUAUAUAUAUAUAUAUACAAAUGUAUCUGUUCUACCAACAGAUAAUAUAUAAAUACCGGGAUUAUAGGGUUUUAACCUACUUCUGCCGUCUGAAUCUAAAGUCCAGAACAAUAAAGGAUAACGUUAGAUAGUUUAAACAAAUCUGACGACGCUUUUAGCUCUCCUAUUAUCUUUCUUAUUUUUUCUUGUAACUGAUGUGACUCAUGGACUAUUAUAUAUAAAUCAAACGUAUAUACACCAAAACAAUACUUUUGUAAAUUUAAUGAGGUCACUGUUUAUCAUGUGCCACAGCCGAUCAUUUUAUAUGGUCUAAAAUGUAAUAUUCAGAUGAAAAAUCCAUCACAUUCCAAUUUUCAUUUGAAACUAUGUUCAUCCUGCUCCUUAUGUCUGCUUCUGAUAGCUACAGCUGCAAUAUUGAUGCAAUAUGUAUGUCUUUUGCAACUGAUAAAGAUUAAUGAAUAAUGUAAAGGACGAGAAAUGGAUUGAGAUUGUUGUAAAAGUCAUUCACUGUUUUCCUUAGUGAUUUUUUAUCCCCAGAAAAUCAGUCAAAUGUCAGAGUGCUAGAGAUUCUUACACAAAAUAUACGAGGUGAGAACUCUAAAAAAUGUGCUAGAUUUCAAAUUUAUUGUUUCCACAAAGUAUAUGUUGUUUUUACUGAGGUCAACUGUCUGUUGGCUAACCUUUGUUUAAAGGGAGGA